AUGAACAAAUUUACAGAAAUCGCCAAAGGCGGCUGGCAUCCUGAGAAGAACAGAGGGUCCUCUUCUUCUCAGGGCGGAGGCCUCAGGGACAGAGCCAAAGGAUUGGUUGGCAUGGGCAACAACGACCCUUAUGCGGCGCAGCGUGACCACCAGUCACGGCCGCUGUCUUCCCUGAGAGAUCCCGCGAGCUUCGCACCGCCCCCGAAGCAUCAAGCCUACUACGGACCGCAGGCGAACCCGCCGAGCGGAGCGGCCGGCUACAUCACCGCACCCACGCCUGCGAGCAGCGGCCUUGGAGCCCCCUUGACACAGGAGCAGAUCCAGGCCUCACAGCAAAGACAGCUCGCAGCUGCUCAAGCUCAGGAGGAAGAGGAAAACAGACCGCCGCCAGGUCCCUAUCGCGUUGACACGACCGGUUUAUCGACGGCACAUCUGCCCAAACCUCCUGUGAGGCGGCCGGGACAAGAGACACCGGAGGCGACGUCGCUUGUAAGGACAAAGCCUGCGCCCCCUCCGGCGCCAUCUCAGAAACCGAAAUUGCCGCCGCGACUGCCCCCUCGCCAAAAUUCACACCCAGAUAUUCAUGCCCCGCUUCCACCGCCGACGUACCAAGAAAGUGUUCAGAGCCCUCCCGCACAACCAAGUCAAGGUAUCCUCAACCAAGGAGCCAUCAACAGGUUAGGCAAUGCGGGGGUAAACGUUUCUGGGUUUGGCAUCGGGCGAACUGCUUCUCCUCCUGUGCCUCCGCGCAAUGGCUCGCCUGCGACUCCUCCAGCGCCGCCGCCGCGCACUGCGUCUCCUGCCCAGCAGAACCCGCUCAGCGGGCUUCAGUCACGUUUCUCAAAGAUGGGCACAGGCUCUUCUCAACCAGCCACCCCUGAAGGAGGAACGACGUUCGCGCAGAAGCAGGCUGCAUUCAGCACCGCCAGAAAUUUCCAUAAAAAUCCCUCGUCUGUCUCGGUGAGCGAGAUGCGUACUGCAGCCUCCACAGCAAAUAACUUCCGCGAGAGACAUGGAGAGCAGGUGGCGGCGGGAUGGCAGAAGGCCAAUGGACUGAACCAGAAAUACGGUGUAGUGGACAGAGUCAACGGCAUGGCAUCGGGCAGCGGAACGGCAUCACCGGCGAACCCGCCGCCAGGCCCCGUGGGGAAGAAGCCUCCGCCUCCGCCUCCUCCGAAAAAGAAGGGUCCAGCAGAAAACAGUGCAUCUCCACCGCCGCCUGUUCCAUUGGCCAGCAAGCCUAGGCCGACUUGA